GUUGCCGCAGCGGCCAUGGGGGCCCUGACCAGCCGGCAGCACGCGGGCGUGGAGGAGGUGGACAUCCCUUCUAACUCUGUGUACCGCUACCCGCCCAAGUCCGGGAGCUACUUUGCCAGCCACUUCAUUAUGGGAGGAGAGAAGUUUGACUCAAGUCAUCCUGAAGGUUACCUGUUUGGAGAGAACAGUGACCUGAACUUCCUGGGAAACAGACCAGUAGCGUUUCCUUAUGCUGCCCCACCUCCCCAGGAGCCUGUGAAGACUCUGAGGAGCCUGAUCAACAUCCGCAAGGACACACUAAGACUAGUCAAAUGUGCGGAGGAGGUGAAGAGCUCUGGUGAAGAGGCCGGCAAAGCCAAAGUCCAUUACAGCGUGGAGUUCACCUUUGACACAGAUGCUCGCGUGGCCAUCACCGUCUACUACCAGGCCACCGAAGAGUUCCACAACGGCAUUGCCAGCUACAUCCCCAAAGACAAUAGCCUGCAGUCGGAGACCGUGCAUUACAAGCGAGGGGCGUGUCAGCAGUUCUGCCUGCCCUCCCACACCGUGGACCCCUCGGAAUGGGCAGAGGAGGAGCUGGGCUUCGACCUGGACCGGGAGGUCUACCCCUUGGUGGUGCAUGCUGUCGUAGACGAAGGUGACGAGUAUUUUGGCCACUGCCACGUCUUGCUUGGCACUUUCGAAAAGCACACGGACGGGACUUUCUGUGUCAAGCCCCUCAAACAGAAGCAAGUGGUGGAUGGGGUAAGCUACCUUCUCCAGGAGAUCUACGGAAUUGAAAACAAGUACAACACACAAGAUUCUAAGGUGGCUGAGGAUGAAGUGAGUGAUAACAGUGCUGAGUGUGUGGUGUGUCUCUCGGACGUCCGGGACACCUUGAUCCUGCCCUGCCGCCACCUCUGCCUCUGUAACACCUGUGCGGACACCCUGCGCUACCAAGCCAACAACUGCCCCAUCUGCCGACUCCCUUUCCGGGCACUGCUCCAGAUCCGAGCCAUGAGGAAAAAACUGGGCCCCUUGUCCCCAACCAGCUUUAACCCCAUCAUCUCGUCCCAGACAUCUGACUCCGAAGAACAUUCAUCCUCAGAGAAUGUUCCACCAGGUUACGAAGUGGUGUCUCUUCUGGAGGCCCUCAACGGGCCCCUCACCCCAUCCCCAGCGGUCCCUCCACUUCAUGUGCUUGGAGAUGGCCACCUCUCAGGAAUGCUGCCUUCGUACGGCAGCGAUGGCCACCUGCCCCCUGUGAGGACGCUGUCCCCCCUCGACCGCCUGUCAGACCGCAGCAGCCAAGGACUCAAGCUCAAGAGGAGUCUCUCCAAGUCCGUUUCCCAGAAUUCCUCAGUGUUGCACGAGGAGGAAGACGAGCGUUCCUGCAGCGAGUCUGAGACGGACCUCUCUCAGAGGCGGUCUGGGCAGCAUCUCGGAGAGGAGUGUGGUGCGACUCCAGAAAGUGAGAAUCUGACCCUGUCCUCAUCAGGAGCUGUCGACCAGUCGUCGUGCACAGGGACCCCUCUCUCCUCCACCAUUUCCUCCCCAGAAGACCCUGCCAGCAGCAGCCUGGCCCAGUCGGUCAUGUCCAUGGCGUCCUCCCAGAGCCAGCACUCCCAAAUCAGCACCGACACCGUCUCCUCCAUGUCCGGCUCCUACAUGGCCCCAAGCCCGGAAGAAGAGGGAGAGGCUCCCCCUUCCCCUCGGGCCGCCAGGAGGGCCCCCUCAGAGAACGGAGAGGCGAUGCCCCUGGAGUCUCCAGACGUCCACUUUGUUGGCCUCCCAGCUGAGGAGCAGGAUGCAGAGGGAAAUGACGUUCUAGACGAAGAGGAUAGGUCCCCGACGCAGGAAGACGGCCAGAGGACAAGCGCACUUCUAGGUAUGGAGUGUGACAAUAACAAUGACUUUGACAUCGCAAGCGUGAAAGCACUGGACAAUAAGCUGUGCUCUGAGGUCUGCUUACCCGGCACCUGGCAAGCAGAUGACAACACUGCUGGUUGGAGGAAGCCCCAGCGCCGGCGCUUAUCAUCCAGCAGCCAGGAGGACCCCGAGGACAGAGCCUGUGUGUGGGGUCCGUUAGCUGUCUGA